GAAGCACAAUAUAAAUUGAGUCAAGCUGCAUCAUAUGUCAGUCCUUCAUCUUCUCAAAAUGAAACAGUACUGUUUUGUAUUCUUGCAUCUCUUCUUUGCUCUAGCACUAUGCUGGGCACAAAUGACUACAAAACUCAAUUUCAAGAAGAAGAACUCAAAGGAGAAGUUACAAACGACACAAAGUGCUUCUUACACUGUGUGCUUGAGUAUGAAAAUAUAAUGUCUGGAAAUACAAUUAAUACAACUGCACUUAAUUCGGUGUUCGAUCAUCAUGAAGAUAAAUAUAAAAGUGAAAUGAUUGCAGCCGCAAAUGCUUGCCUGAAAGAAAAAGACCCAGCUGAUGGUUGCAACACAGCAUACAAGUUUUCACUUUGUGUUGAUGACGCUACAAGAAAGAUUCGAAAACCUGCAAAUGAACCAAGUGCUCCAGUAUCUUUAGUAGAAUCACUCUACUAAACGAAACUAUUCUAGCAUAAAAUUCAUUCAACGUAACUUCAUCCAUGUUGUAGAAACAUCAGUGUUCACAAUGUUCAAGAA